AUGACUACCUUGGAAAGCUACAAUUUGGAUUCUACGCAACCCGUUGUAUUAACUGCAAUGAAAGUUUAUUCCGACUAUGAAAGUGAAGACAUUUCAUCUUUGCAACCGACCGCAAUUGCUGUUUCUGUCGCUGAUGCAAAGAUUCCACAACGUGAUGAUCAUUUACAAGAAAAUUACCGCUACGGCAUCAUCAAUCAUACCUAUGAUGACUCCGACAUUCAACCACAACAAGACACAAUUACUGAAAAAUGCGCCGCGAAUAAUCACGAUAAAGUGGAUGAUGUUAAAGAUUCGCUAGAAGGAACUGACCAUCACGGCAUCAUCAAUCAAACUUUCGAGGAUUCUGAAAUUCAGCCGCAAGUGGAUGCAAUUACAGAAAAAUCGUUAUCAAAUAAUCAAGAUCAUUUUCACAACGUAUCAUCUUCACCGCCAUAUACAAAUUCUACUUCCGCUCCUGAUGUUGAUAUCCGGCCCAAUCGUGAGGACCAGUUGAAAAAUAGCGACCAUCAACGUUUACUUAAUCACGAUUUGAAAUAUCAACCAGAAGCGAAUCCUGACAAUACAACAGCGAAUUAUGUCAGUAAAACGGAUAUUUUCGAUGAAGAGAUGUUACUGUAG